AUGACGAGUGGGGUCCUCCGCCUGGUCAAGAACGCGGGGCUCUUGGGCUCCCUGGCUGGCCAGGUGUGCUCCCUGGUGACGCUCUGCAUCCCUCAGUGGCUGACCCUCUCCUCGGGCUUACUGGAGAGUGAGAAGUACACGCUGGGCCUGUGGGAAACGUGUGUGACUCAAGACACGGGUGGCCGUGUGUGCCAGGCCUCUGCCAGCCUGCGGGACCUGGCCACCGAAAUGCUGGUGGCCCGCAUCCUCAUGUGUGGCGCCUGUGUCGCUGGCUCGCUCGGGCUGGUGGCCGUCCUUCUGGGACUGACAUGUGUGAGGUACGGGGGCCACCAGGGAAGCUCUUUGGAGAGAAGCACGAACGUUGCAGGGGGAGCUCUGUUCUUCCUCGCUGGACUCGCCACUUUGGUGCCUGUGUCCUACAUCGCCCGGGUCACCGUGCAGAGGUUCUGGGGCCCUGAGUUCCCAACCGACGUGCCCCGGUGGGACUAUGGCAAUGCCAUGUUCGGCGGCUGGAUUGGCGGAUUUUUCCUUUUGACCGGAGGCCUUCUUCUGAUCGCGUCACAGCUUUGUGCCAACAGAUUGGCUGAAAAACCCACCUCUUUUCCUUCAAAACUGGACUUCUCAAGAAAAGUGCCUUUUGCUAAAGUAGACUUUGUUUAA